UUGUUGUUGAGCGCACAAUCUUCGUAGUACCUGUGCGUCCACGUACGGACAUUCGUGUGCGUUUGGGUAAAAUUAAUGUCCAGAUUGUGCGAGUUGCGGAACGUGUCCAUUACGAAGCGGUGCUGUCCUGUCCUGUACUUGUGGAAAGUGGUUAAUUUGUUGCAUAUAUCUUAAGCACCUUCUGAACUAAAAACAACUAAAGCCAUGACGGACUUUGACGCUGCAUCUGCGCUGCUAAUGCUGAGCUCAGGCUUUCAACAGUACAAAAACGAGAACAACAAUAUUCACACGUUGCUGAAAACGACUGCCUCAUCCACACCCAGCUCGACAUGUUCGUCUCCACCAAAGAAACGAGAAAGAAAAAAUGAAUCUCCCAAACAACGAAUUCUACAGCCAACGCUACGUAUAGCUUCCGUUCAUGCGAAUUACAAACAGCAGGAACUGCUCGAUCGGCUAUCGGAACCAAUGAGACUGUCCGUUUCGCCACCAUCCAUCCUGGAACCGCUGCCGAAGAAGAGAAACAGCCGCAUGAUGCAAAUGCGAAUGGAUUCAUCUUCGCCGGAAAUGGAAAAUUGGGAUAACCGAAGUAUCCUGUCUCCGACGCUGGAAUUGCAUCAGGAAAUAACGGCCAAAGGCAACGGUUCAAUGCUGUACACUAGCCCGGGUAUGAACGGGUUUGCUAUGCUGCUAAAAUCACAAAACAACCAAUACACCAGCUCUCCGAAACCUCCCUCCGUGGUGACUACAUUCAUGGAAGAUAACCGCAAAAAACGGUUUCUAGACAAUCCGAUAGCAGAGGAAGGCGCUAGUGCGAUCGUCGUAGCUGCAGACAAACCAGCACGUUCACCAUCCGAUUCGGGUGUAUCGUCCAUUCUCGACGAAAUCCAGCAACCGAAUUUGGUGCUGCAGCGAUGGAACAAAGAGAUGGAAGCUUUGGACAGCAGUAUACCUGCAAGCGUGCAGAUGGAGUUGGAAAAAAUCAACGAAAUAUCAGCAUACAACAAGGAAAUCUUUACCAAGGCCAAGAUGACCAACUUCUCACUAGAAAUGACGUUUCAUCCCGCAAAAUCUAGGAUGCGCAAGAAGUGUACCAACGAGGUCGAUAAUCAGGAUCGCAUCAGAAACAAUGAAGCGUCGCGUCGAUCGCGCCACAAGAAGAAGCUGAUCACACACUUGAUGAACAUCAGUCUGGAGUUCGAUCGGAUGGAAAAUCGGCACCUGUACAUGGAGGAACGUAGAUUGGAAGAUUUCAUUUUAGAGCUGGAAGAGAAAGCACUGAGUUGCGGAAUCGAUGCGCAGAUCGUGAAAAAUUUGCGAUCCUCGUGCGGAUUUCAAUGAGUGGAUGAUGGUGCGCUAACGAAGGGUUCAGAAUCCUGAUAUGCAUGUACUACUUAGGCAAAGAAGGAAAACAGGACGAAACACAACGGCCAACCCCGCCUUUUCGAGUUUGCAUGUUUCCAGUGUGGGGUUGUAUUUAUUGUUUUUAGAUGUAUUUGUCAUGUUUUUAGCAUAACGUUCAAUUUUGUAGCGUUCCUAUCUUUUAACACUAUACAAAAACGAAAAUAAAUGUAUAAACGAAACUGUAA